AUUUUAUCUACGAGUACAGAUGUCUCUCGUGUGCUGUGAGCAAAGGUAGUGCCUAGAUGUCUUUCCCUAAGAAAACUGUUCAAAAGCAAUGGAAGACUUUGGAGGCUGCUAUCAGGAAGGGAAAUGUCUCUCAAGUUUCUUCCAUCCUCGACGACAACCCCGACCUUGCCGCCGCCCCAGGCCCACACUCCUUGCUCCACAGCGCCGUGGACUCCGACGGGAACUGCACUUCGUUGCUGCGUGAGCUGCUCGAUGCUGGAGUCCCGCCCAACACUCAAAGUCUGGCGACCAUCGGCGCUCUCCAUCUCGCGGCGAUGAAGAGCUGCUUCAACUGCAUGAAGCAGCUGAUCGACUCGGGCGCUGACGUUGGCCUCAAGGACAUACAGGAUCGAACUCCUUUGUUUUACGCAGUCAAUAACAAUCGUGGCGGAAGUGGUCAGUGCAUACAGCUGCUCCUGGAAAAGGGCUCUUCAGUCAACGAUGCGUGUGAGGGCCGCAUCACGCCCCUUCACGUUGCUGCAGAAGUGGGCAACGUCACAGCCGCCCAGCUGCUGCUGAAGGCAGGGGCGUCCCACGAUGCGAGAGACAAGGACGGCUGUACACCCUUGCAUCUUGCCACGACUUCCGGCAUGGUGGAGGCACUGUUAGCAGGCGGAGCUGAUGUCAUGGUAAAGGACAACGCCCUUCAGACGCCGCUGGAGAGAGUGAUCCAGUUCUACCCGACGGUUGCCCAGACGCUGCUGGACGUCGGCGUAGAAGUGUGCGGGAACCCGCAGGAAAAAGACCUUCGCGUCUUUUUCCAUCUGAACACCGUGACUGGUGGCAGCAGCCCAUGCGAAGUAGACAUAUUGGAUAAGAUGGCAUUGUAUGGUCACUACGAUCUUCUAAAGCAUCCUCUUUGCGAAAUAUUUCUCCAUUUGAAGUGGUUUCACGUGAGACCGCUAUUCUACAUUAACUGUCUGAUGCGCAUUACCAUGAUCCUGGCUUUUUCGACAUACUUGACCUUACACCCAGAUUUCACCUGCCGGCAAGACAGAAACGACUGCAAUUGCACAGAACUUCUGGCAGAUCUUACUUAUGAAACAAAUAUUUGGAUCAUAUCCACGAGUAUCGUGGCGGGGUUCCUCCUGGCUCUUGCGAUGCUGGAGGCCUUCGUGCAAAUCCUGGCCCUCAGGCUCCUCUAUCUUCGGCGAGCAAGCGUGUGGCUGAGCUUCAUUUUUAAUCUAAGCGCCUUAUUUAUGAUCAUACAGAACUGUCAGCUUGGAAGGUGGGGCCAGCAUAUAGGCGUGCUCGCUCUCUUGACAGGGUGGGGUCAAGUUACCUUCCUCGUCUCCCACACGCCGUCAGUGGGCAUCUACAUGCAAAUGUUUAUUGCUGUGUCGCUCCGCAUGCUGAAGCUCACCGUGGUGUUCUUGCCGCUCUUCCUCGGCUUCGCUGCCGCCUUCAACCUCACGUUCGAGUGCGAAUUCUUCGGCUCGCCCGUGGCGGCCUUCCUCAAGACACUGGCCAUGAUGGUGGGUGAUGUGAGCUUCAACGACAUCUUUGCCAAACCGGCUGGACUCUAUCCUGGACCGAGGGAGUUCUUGUAUAUUAUCUACCUCUUGUUGAUGACUAUUACCGGCACCAACUUGUUAAUCGGCCUUGCCAUAGAGGACAUACAGGUACAGAUGGCGCAAGCGAGUGCUAGCCGCCUCGCUCUUACGGUCCAAUUGGAAAUGUACAUCGACGAAUUUUUUAACUCUUCUUUCUUCACGAAUUGCUCGUCGUCGUCUCUGCUCCUUACACUCAAGGAUUUAACGUCCCUGCUGCCGAACCUGCCCGUGAAGAAGCUGAGCGUCGGCCACAGUAACUCUCAACGCAGGAACUUCAUCGAAGACCUGGGCGCGCGGGGGAAGGCAGCAUCAGCAAGAAAUGAGGCACACAAGUACUACAACGUGUUCAUCUGCCCCAACCGCUCCAAGCAGCCCGGCCAAGUGUACAGGAGCCUCACCCCCAACGAGUUCGCUGGGGAAGGCUACUUCGAGCGCACGGCCGGCUAUUCCCUCCCCCCGUGGAUAGUGAGGAACACCAAGGACCUCAUCAUGUCGGAUCGGUUCAAGAGGAAACAGGAGAUGAGAGAGGAAGGAGGGGCAGCAGAAGAGGGAGGCAGAGGAGGAGGAGCAGAAGAGGGAGGCACAGCAGGAGGAGAGGAGCAGACGAAAACAUCGGUUCAAGAAGCUCUGAGCCUUAGUUCAGAUAUCCCUUAGAUAUAAGAAACUUGUAGGAAAUCAGUUUUGUAGACGUAAUAUAACAUCCGUGCAUGAUAUGUGAAAAUUUGAAGUUAAGUGGUUUCUUAAGGACUUGUCUCACAAUAAACAUAUAAUAGCAGUAAAAAAUUAUCAAACAUAAAAUUGUAAAUAAAGAAGAUUGCCCAUCAAGACCAGCAAAUGUAUGGUUAAUGAAAAGUGUACAACAA